AUGUCGAAGAAGGCAAGGGUGGUGGUUUUUGAUCUCCCUGAAGAUGUUGUAGUCAACAUUCUGUGCCGGUUGCCGGUCAAAUCUUUGAUCCGAUUCACUUGUGUCUCGAAACGGUGGCGUUCGAUUAUCAUCUCUGACUCUCAGUUUGCCACAUCCACUUUUCAACUUGCAUCUCAGACUACAACCCUACGUCAACGACUUCUCCUCUCUUGUGAUCGAGAUUAUAUUCCCUGUCGAUUCCAGUGUAUCGGAGACUUGGACAUGCCUUGUUUUGGAGGAAGUUCCUUGGUCCAAAGUCUCACCCUCCCGCCGGAGGUCAAAACAGAAAGGGUAAUGCUGGCCUCAUGCAACGGUUUGGUGGUUCUAGUUGAAAGAUUGGAAAGCAUUUACACUAAUAAUUUGUUUUUUUGGAACCCAUCAACCGGAUUCUACCGCAAAAUACCUAGUCCAGAAAAUUCGAUGAUGACAAAAUUAGGAAGUUACACAUGGUCUGUAUCUUGUGGUUUUGGUAAUGUUAUGGCCGCUGAUGAGUACAAACUUGUUUUCUUUGAUCCCUCAGAUUCUGCCGUGCACAUAUUUUCGACCAGGGAUAGCAAAUGGAAAGUUAUCAAAUUUGCUCCUCAUUCGUUAUUCCCUGAACAUGAUGGCAGGCCUCUUUUAGUUUCAAAUGGAGCAUGUCAUUGGGUCAGUAAUGGGGUUCCGGAACCAGCUGUCUAUGCUUUUGAUUUGAAAGGGGAGGAGUUCCGUCAAUUGCCAUUGCCUCUUCUUGCUUUGAUGCCAGAACCAGAUUUCUUGCCUGCGAAACAGAUAGCUACUCAGGUUCUCAGAGAAGGAUGCCUUUGUGUAUCGUCUCGGAACUGGCAUGGAAACGUUGAAUUUUGGGAGAUGAAAGAGUAUGGGGUCCCUGAAUCUUGGGUUAAACUUUUUCAUUUCAGUGUGCAAGAUUUACCAGAUGUUUUUGCUUCAGCAAAUGUUUGGUUUCCUGUUUUGGUUACAGAAUGCGGUACAGUUGUGAUCAGCAUUUUCUCUGAUAUUUUCAGUUUAUAUGGCAAUAGAGAGUUGUUUUGUGUGGUCGAUUUACCAAAUGUGUUUGCUUCAGUGUAUGGUUGGAUUCCUGCUUUUGUUACAGAGGGCGGUACAGUUGUGAUGCUCCUUGGCAAAGAGUUGGUCAGGAUUGAAUGUCGUAGAGAAGGGAAGCCUGUAUGUAGUGGCCGGUGUAAGAUUGAGAGUGAAAAGGGGUGGGUUUGA